AUGUCCAACAGCAGUUCCCUGAAUGAGUUCCUCCUCCUGGCAUUUGCCAACACAUGGAAUGUGCGGCUCUUGCACUUCUCGCUCUUCCUCGGCAUCUACCUGGCUGCCCUCCUGGCACUGAACCCCCUCAUCUACAGCAUGAGGAACAAGGAGCUCAAGGACGCACUAAGGAAGCUACUUCAACUGUGUCGUUUCUUUUUCAGAGAAUCCCCCUGUGCCCAGGGGAAGCAAAUGUCCAACAGCAGCUCCCUCAACGAGUUUCUCCUCCUGGUGUUUGCAGAAAAGCGGGAGCUGCAGCUCUUGCACUUCUCGCUCUUCCUGGGCAUAUACUUGGCUGCCUUCCUGGGCAACGGCCUCAUCAUCACAGCCAUAGCCUGCGACCACCACCUCCACACCCCCAUGUACUUCUUCCUCCUCAACCUCUCCCUCCUUGACCUCAGCUCCAUCUCCACCACUGUCCCCAAAUCCAUGGCCAAUUCCCUGUGGGACACCAGCACUAUUUCCUACUUGGGAUGUGCUGCCCAGGUCUUCCUGUUUUUCUUUUCGGUUGGAGCUGAGUAUUCUCUCCUCACAGUCAUGGCCUAUGACCGCUACGUUGCCAUCUGCAAACCCCUGCACUACGAGGCCAUCAUGGACAGCAGAGCUUGUGUCCAAAUGGCAGCAGCUGCCUGGGCCAGUGGUUUUCUCUAUUCUGUGCUGCACAUUGCUAACACAUUUUCAAUACCACUCUGUCAAGGCAAUGCCCUGGGCCAAUUCUUCUGUGAAAUUCCCCAGAUCCUCAAGCUCUCCUGCUCAGAUGCCUACCUCAGGGAAGCUGGGCUUCUUGUGGUUAGUAUGUGUUUAGGCUUUGGGUGUUUCAUUUUCAUUGUGCUGUCCUACGUGCAGAUCUUCACUGCUGUGCUGAGGAUCCCCUCUGAGCAGGGCCGGCACAAAGCCUUUUCCAUGUGCCUCCCGCACCUGGCCGUGGUCUCCCUGUUUCUCAGCACUGCAAUGUUUGCCUACCUGAAGCCCCCCUCCCUCUCCUCCCCAGCUCUGGAUCUGGUGGUGGCAGUUCUGUACUCGGUGGUGCCUCCAGCAGUGAACCCCCUCAUCUACAGCAUGAGGAACAAGGAGCUCAAGGAGAGAUACAAGCCCGAUCUGUCUGACUGA